AAACCAACCCAAUAGCCAUGGACACCACCACCCCAUCAACCCUUCACAUCCAAAACGAGCUCAAUCACAAGAACCUCGAUGACGAUGGUCGCCCAAAACGAACUGGUACUUGGUUAACUGCAAGUGCUCACAUUAUAACUGCUGUUAUUGGUUCUGGAGUGUUGUCACUUGCAUGGGCCAUAGCUCAGCUUGGUUGGAUCGCUGGUCCGGCAGUUCUGAUGACGUUUUCCUUCAUUACUUACUUCACUUCAACCCUUCUUGCCGACGCCUAUCGUGCACCAGAUCCUGUUACAGGGAAACGUAACUAUACCUAUAUGGAUGUGGUUCAAGCCAGUCUAGGUGGUAGAAAGGUGCAACUGUGUGGGAUUGCACAGUAUGUGAAUCUUGUGGGAGUUACAAUUGGAUACACGAUCACAGCUUCUAUAAGUAUAGUGGCGGUGAAGAAAUCGAAUUGUUAUCAUGAGCGUGGACACGAGGCCGACUGCAAACAAUCGGAUUAUCCGUACAUGAUUUUGUUUGCGAUAAUUCAGAUAUUGUUAAGUCAGAUACCAAAUUUUCACAACUUGUCGUGGCUAUCGAUAUUGGCUGCUGUGAUGUCUUUUUCUUACUCUCUUAUCGGACUCGGCCUUUCCAUUGCAAAAGUUGCCGGAGGAGGAGGGCAUUCAAGGACUCGGCUAACAGGAGUGGAAGUAGGGGUAGACGUGUCGGGUUCAGAGAAGGUCUGGAGAACGUUUCAAGCCAUUGGAGACAUUGCUUUCGCUUAUGCUUUCUCGACUGUUCUUAUCGAAAUCCAGGACACAUUGAAAUCGUAUCCAUCGGAAAACAAGGCCAUGAAACGGGCAUCGCUUGUUGGAAUUUUGACGACGACUUUGUUUUAUGUCCUUUGCGGAUGUGUUGGUUAUGCAGCAUUUGGAAACGAUGCACCAGGCAACUUCUUGACCGGGUUCGGUUUCUUCGAACCUUUUUGGCUCAUCGACUUCGCCAAUGUUUGCAUUGCCAUCCACCUUAUUGGUGCAUAUCAGGUCUUCUGUCAACCAAUAUUCGGUUUUGUCGAGAUGAAGUGUAAGCAACGAUGGCCCGAGAGCAAGUUUAUAACGAGGGAACACGUUGUUAAUGUGCCAUUUCAUGGAGAAUACUGUGUUAACAUGUUUCGGUUGGUGUGGAGGACACUGUAUGUGAUGUUAACUGCGUUGAUAGCGAUGAUUUUCCCCUUUUUCAAUAGCUUUUUAGGGUUGAUAGGGGCAGGUUCAUUUUACCCUUUGACAGUUUACUUCCCAAUAGAGAUGUAUAUCGCUAGGGCUAAGAUUCCAAGGUUUUCAUUCACUUGGGUGUGGCUAAAGAUCCUGACUUGGUCUUGUUUAGUAGUGUCUUUGGUCGCGGCUGCGGGAUCGGUGCAGGGACUCGUGACUGAUCUCAAGAAAUAUCAACCGUUCAAAACAGAAUAGAAUCAUAAACAAUACGUGAAACAUAUUACUAGCAGUUGUUUUUGUUAUGCAACUUGUACAAGAACUUGCUUGAUGCUAACGGUAAUGCGUAGUUGGUUGUCUUCGCAUUCUUAUUGCAUUUUGUGCACUUGUCGUCAUGAUUCUUCCGAUGGAUUGUUAUGGUUAUCACCAAAGGAGACCCUUGGGGUUCACCACCUUCCU